ACAGCUGUCCUUCCCAGCCCCUCUGAAAUCAGAGGGCGGCUCUCACUACUUUUGUCCUGUCAUUCUGGAUCUCUCUGGAGGCAGGCUUUUCCUUCCUAAACUUUUUCUGUCCUAGCUUGUCCUUGGCCGACCCCAAAGUGCUUCCGGCCACACCUUCUAGGCUUGGACCUCAGGCCAAGUCUCCUGCUUAGCGGAGGUGAGAGUGCAGCGCCUGAGAGCUGUGGUAGUGGGACGCUUGGUGGCCGCCCAGAGGAGCUUCUGGAAGCCCUCAGGGAAGGAGGGUCCCAGGGAGGCAGAAGGUCAUCUCAGUUACCAAGAGAAGAUGAAAUGGGACCUCAGCAAAGCACCCCACUUUGUCCCCCAAACCAGGAGAAACUGAAGCAAAGCAAGUCACACCAUUAAAUCACCAGAAGAUCAUAGUCACAUUGGAAAUCCACUGAUUUUAUUUCCCAGCAACAUGUCUGAGUGCUUGGCCGAUGCCAUGUGCCAGCGCUGCCAGGCCCGGUUUGCCCCCACCGAGCGCAUCGUCAACAGCAAUGGGGAGCUCUACCACGAGCACUGCUUCGUGUGCGCACAGUGCUUCCGGCCUUUCCCCGAGGGGCUCUUCUAUGAGUUUGAGGGCCGGAAGUACUGCGAACAUGACUUCCAAAUGCUGUUUGCUCCAUGCUGCGGAUUCUGUGGUGAGUUUGUCAUUGGACGCGUGAUCAAGGCCAUGAACACCAACUGGCAUCCAGGCUGCUUCCGCUGUGAGCUGUGUGACGUGGAGCUGGCUGACUUGGGCUUUGUGAAGAACGCAGGCAGGCACCUCUGCCGGCCUUGCCACAGCCGCGAGAAGGCCAAGGGCCUGGGCAAAUUCAUCUGCCAACGGUGUCACCUAGCCAUUGACGAACAGGCCCUCAUGUUCAAGAAUGAUCCCUACCACCCGGACCACUUCAGCUGUUCCCACUGUGGGAAGGAGCUGACCUCUGAUGCCCGUGAGCUGAAGGGAGAGCUCUACUGCUUGCCUUGCCAUGACAAGAUGGGCGUCCCCAUCUGUGGGGCUUGCCGCCGGCCAAUCGAGGGCCGCGUGGUCAACGCACUGGGCAAGCAGUGGCACGUGGAGCACUUUGUCUGUGCCAAGUGUGAGAAGCCGUUCCUGGGGCACCGACACUAUGAGAAGAAGGGCCUAGCGUACUGUGAGACCCACUAUAACCAGCUCUUUGGGGAUGUCUGCUACAACUGUAGUCAUGUGAUCGAGGGUGACGUGGUGUCAGCCCUCAGCAAAGCCUGGUGUGUGAACUGCUUCUCUUGUUCUACCUGCAACAUGAAGCUCACUCUGAAGAACAAGUUCGUGGAGUUCGACAUGAAGCCCGUGUGUAAGAGGUGCUAUGAAAGGUUCCCCCUGGAGCUGAAGAAGAGGCUGAAGAAGCUGUCUGACAUGACCUCACGCAAGGCCCAGCCCAAGUCUGUGGACGUCAACUCAGUCUAAAGAUCCUUGGCCUCCCUUUGCCUGCAGACCCUUUGCCCUCUCCUCCCUGCCCCAAUUCUUGCUGGCCACCUCCCAUUUCUGCUCCAUCCCAGGCCCCUCCUUCUGGUAUGUCACCUUUUCUGUUCCCAGUCUACCUUGGGCUACAUGGUACGCUCUUCCGCACUGAGACCUGGUCCAGUCUCACAGGCAUUUCCUCCUGUGCCCACAGCCUCUGGGGAUAGGGGCAAACUGGAGCCAGGAUCAUCUGCCAUUUGCUUGGCUCACAGAUGCCAGCCUGACACCUGUCCUUUCCACUCUCCUGGGAGAGUUUCAGUCUUAGAGAGGUCCUUGGGCUUGGUGGGAGAGCUAUCCCAGCCCCAGGGCCAGCCCCAUGCAAAUGGAGACUUCUGGGCUCGAGGGACAUCAGUAUUUCAGCCACGUUAAGCCCCUGUGCUUACACCGCAUCACAAACCCAGCCACUUCUGGGAUGAACCAGCUGGAGGCUGAGAUUCCCAUCACCUUCACUGCUCAGGAGACUCUGCAGAAAGCCUCUUAGCUGCCCACCAAGGCUGAGGUCCCACUUCCCAGCAGGACACACGGCCCCAGCCAGCUCUGACCUGCAAGUGGAUACGUACUUGCACAAUGAAGGCUGAUUCUCACUGUGGAAA